AAUCGCAUGCAGGAACGUAUCAUUCUUGUCACCUUUCGCUUGUAAAGUAGAAGCAUGCCGUUCAUUGAUUUGGAAAGUAAUUUGCCGGCAAGUAAGUUUUCGGAGGAUUUUUUGAAAAAACUAUGCUCUACCACAGCUGCCAUUCUUGGAAAACCAGAGGACAGGAUGAAUCUGGUGGUGAAACCUGACUUGCCGAUGUGGAUUGCCGGGUCGUCUUCUCCAUGUGUGAUGCUUUCCGUGUCAGCCAUUGGUGUGACUGACACCGCUGAGAAGAAUAAAGCGCACAGUGCAAAAAUUUUCCAGUUCCUCACUGGAGAGUUGGGACUCAGCGAAGACCGCAUUGUCAUUAGGUUUUAUCCUCUGGAGCCGUGGCAGGUGGGGAAGAAAGGAACUGUGAUGUCUUUCCUCUGAAGAAUCAACAUUCCCUCAAAACAGUGCGACAAAGCCAUUCUACAAGACUGGAAUAUAGUUCUGUCGUAAAUUUCCUUGCUGAACCUGCGAAAUAUUUUGAUGCAUUUCUAAGGCAUCAUUUGAUUCUUUUCUCUUUUUUUACCUUCUAAAAUGAAACUCACAAAUGAAUUAUGUACUUCACCCUAAAAAUUAGACAUGAAAUUGAACUAGAUUUCUAUUACAUCUCAAAAAUUGAUGAUUUUAUGUAAAGAAUUGUACACUCCAGGGUUCAGUUGGACCACCAGCAGAGGGUGGCACUGUGGUUCCCAACAGUGUGACAGGAAAAGAGAACAAGCAAGUAUUGUAUUCAGUUACUUGUAUAUGUUCACCAGUCUAAUUCCAUACAGUAGUACAGUUAAUUUUAUCACCUAUUUGUCCUGUAUGUCACAUUGUUAUUCUGUUCAAUGGUCAUAAGUCUAUUUGUGACUUUUGAAAUAAAGAAAUGAAAAGCUUGAUGUGUUUCUUCAGUA